CACUCUCUCACUCAGGCUCUUCUUCUGUCUAUAAAAACCCAAAGACAAAGAGGAGCCUCCAUCUCCAUGCACCACCACCAUGAACUCCUUCUACUCCUCCAUGGCGCACGGCCUCGACGCCCUCCACCGCAGCCUCGCCUCCUCCCCGCACGCCUUCCUCUCCGCGCCCUUCCUCCAGCAGGCCGCUGCGCUGCUCCGCUCCCUGCACUCGCAGCUCGUCCACCUCGUCCAGCGCCUGCACCUGCCCCCCGGCGAGAGCUGGCUCGACGAGUACAUGGACGAGACCUCCCGACUCUGGGACGCCUGCCAGCUCGUCCGCGCCGGCGCCUCCGCGCUCGACGCCUACUGCGCCUCCACCGCCCGCAUUGCCGCCACGCUCCACGACUGGCUCUGCAGCCCCAACCCCCACGCCGCCCGCCAGGUCCAGAGGGCCAUCAACGCGCCGCGACGCCACGCCGUCGGCCUCCAGCAGGAGAACCGCGCGCUCGCCGACAACCGUCUCGACCCCGCCUCGCUGCUGCUCGACGACCGCUCCCCGCUUGAGUUCAAGCUCAACGCCUUCAACGGCUUCCGCGGCGUGCUCUACGCGCUCCGCAACGCCAGCUCCUUCCUCCUCAUGCUCCUCAUCUCCGGCACCGUCUCAUGCCUCCCGGACCUCGCUCGGACCAGUGGUGCCGGCGUCGCAGCGCACCAGUUCCGCACCUCGGGCGCCGGCUACGUCUCGUCCAUGGGGCGCCUGCGCCAGCGCGUCGCCGAGGAGAUGGACGCCGUCGACCACUCUGGGAUCAUGAUGUACGAGUUCCGGCAGGUCAGCGCCGCCAUUGAUAGCCUCAAGGCAGAGUUCGACAGAGUCGUUGCCAUGGGGUACGGAGGCUCCGUCGAGAUCCGCGGGAGCCUAGGUGACAGAGUGGAGAUCGUCAAUGGCUGGGUCGGGAUGCUGAGAUCAGGUGCUGAGAGUGUCAUCGGUGAACUCGAUGACUUCUUUGAUGAGAUCGUGGAGGGCAGGAAGAUGCUCUCAGACCUCUGCAGCCAUCGCUGA